CCAACGGGAAUUUCCGGACUUGAAGGCCUGUCUUGUUGUUGUUGUUAUCGAUCCAGACUUGCGGACAGGAUUAUAUUGUUGUCUUUCGAAGAACGGAGGCUGCCCAACUAGUCAAUAUUGUGGGGGAAAACUAAACAACAAAAUAAAGCAGAACAGUCAGGCUCAACGGUACAUGACAUAAUGACAUUGAGUCAUUGAGGAAAUGGUUACGUAAAAGAAAAACGAGAGAUGUCUGAAUUACUGUUUGUGUCAGAAAUGACAGUGUAGUAAAGACAGUAAAGUGUAAAAUUAAAGUAGAUCUGUCUAGAUAUCUAGAUCUAGAUCUAUUAAAAUCUUGAUAUACUUAGAGAAAGAAACCUGAUUCAGUUUUUCAUAAGUAAAACCUUGAGGUCUAAUAGAACAAAAUUAUCAUGCGAGGAGAUAACAAAGACUAAGAGAAGUAAAGUUAAACAGAACACCAAACUCAUAGAUUAUAGGCCUACUUUAAAUUUCCUUUAAAUUUAUUAGGAUUCCUCCCUUACAACGAAAAUCCUGCUAUAACGGACAUUUCGUACCGGUCCCCUCCCUCUCGUUAUAAAUAGGAUUCCAAAGUAACUUAGUAGGCUAUUGAUGAGUUGAUAUCGGCCUAGUUGGGGGAGUGAAAAAACUCAACCGUAAAGAAGUUCCGGACCUGAGAAAAAGAUCAACAUUCCAGAGAUAUAAUAUAAUGGCAGCAUCUUCAGGACAUGAUUCUGACAGUGAAGAAUUUUCCAAACCAAUAUUUCACAAUGGACGAUAUCAAAACCCAUGGAAUACAUGGCGUAAACCUACAGUGGGUGGACUUUUAAAAUUCAUCGUCACUCGCAAAGAUCGCUCUGGGAUCCCAAAGAAAGAGGUUUUAGAUGAGACUCUACCAGUACUGAAACCAGAUUUCUCAGUGUUUAAUUCAUCACCUGAGACUGGCAUCAGGCACCUGUGGAUCGGACACGCCUCCUCCUUGCUCCAGUUUGAUGGCAUCACUGUUUUAACUGACCCAAUUUUCAGCGAGCGAUGUUCCCCGACACAAUGGUUCGGCACUAAGAGAUUCCGUCCUGUGCCCUGCACUGUCGAAGAGUUGCCUCGUGUGGACUGUGUCGUUAUCAGCCACAAUCACUACGACCACCUCGACUACGGCACUGUCUCAGCUCUCAAUGCAAAAUUUGGUGUGGGGCUGCAGUGGUUUGUGCCGAUGGGCCUGAAGCAGUGGAUGUCGCAGAGCGGCUGUCAGAACGUGGUGGAGCUUUCUUGGUGGGAGGAGCAUGUGUAUCCCGGGCCCGAUGGGGAUGUGAGGUUUGUGUGUACGCCGAGCCAGCACUGGAGCAAGAGGACGGCCAUCGACGACAAUAAGACCCUGUGGGCGAGCUGGUGCAUUCUGGGUCACAAACACAAGUUCCAUUUUGUUGGAGACUCGGGCUACUGUGAAGCCUUCAAACAGAUUGGGAAACGCUAUGGCCCCUUCCACUUAUCCACGAUUCCUAUUGGUGCAUACUGUCCCAGGGAUUUUCUGUCCCCCCAGCACGUGGACCCAGAACAUGCGGUGGACAUCCACGUUGACCUCCAGUCCCAGACGUCCAUCGGCAUCCAUUGGGGAACCUUCAAGAUGCUCUCGUGUGAGCAUUACUUAGAGCCUCGAGAAAAAGUGAAAGAAGAACUUGAGAAACGAGGACUGAGUCCAACUGCCUUUGUGACGGUCAGUCACGGCAAAAUCCAAGUCUUCUAGUGAAACUGAGCAGUGAAAGCCCAGGCAUAUCAAAGCAAGAACGAAGUAAUUGACCUAUAUAUGGACCCAGAGGACAGAUAAACCUGAGUGAAGGAGACGGACUGCUUCAACACUGCCGCCAGUCAGGACCAGCCUCGGCUGAAACAGAGAGGGAUACAACAACAUCCCGCGGCCGGGAGGGAUAAAACAUCCCUUGACUGAGAGGGAUAAAACGUCCCUUGACUGAGAGUGAUACAACAUCCCGCGGCCGGGAGGGAUAAAACGUCCCUCGGCUGACUGAGAAGAAAACAACAACAUCCCACGGCCAGGAGGGAUAAAACAUCCCUCGGAAACAGAUCUGUCACAACUGUGUGCACCAGGCCAGCUGUGUACUUAGUUUUAUUUUAAGAUGACUGUAAAAAAAAAAAA